GAAAAUAUAUUAUCACUUAAAAUACAAUUCGAUUCAAACAUCACGUUUAGUCUGAAGUUUAGUCCCAAUUUCACGGCCUUAAAUCACAAAGACAAAUUUCUUCUAAGUCAUGUUUGAUUUAUACAGCAUUUUUAUAACAACUGAAGGUAACAGUUUCUUGAUCGUACUGUGAAAUGGCACUAUCUGCCUGAAAAAUGCAUAAUGCUGCCCCUGUAAAUGAAAAAUCCACAGAAUGUGCCAAUCUUUGUUUGAUUAAUUAUCAGAACAAUCUAUAGCAUUAUCAAUUACUAAAAUAAUUGUUAGUUGCAGACCUGCUCCAAGUAUAACACUUAUAGUUGACAAUGUUAAAACGUGUUUGAAAGGCACCACAAGCCUCUGCUCUUCUAUCAGCACUCUCAAAAGCCGCAUGGUUAGCGGACUGCAGAGCCAGCUUGGGUCAACACCUGCAACCUGUGGACGGUCCCAGAGACUGAACAGUGAUAGUGCAAGAAUUGUGAUCCUGGUAACGGGGAGAUAAGAGCUGCUGGCUCUCAGGAGUUCUUCUUCUGUGACCCAGAUAACCACUCCAAAGGUUGGUGUCCACUGUGCACGCCUUGAUCGUGGGGCUGUUCUGUUUGUACAUCCUGUGGUUCGACGACGCCGUCAACGCCAACCCCGUCUGGGGUGAUCCUAAUCUGGUCAAACUAAAUGUAGCCAUAACCUGUGGCUACCUCCUCUACGAUCUUUUCCUGCUAGCAUGUAACUGGAGCACAAUGGGGGACAGCUUUUUCGUCUGCCACCACUUGGCGGCGCUGUACGCCUAUGGAUACGUGUUGACACGCGGGGUGCUUCCUUAUUUUGCCAAUUUCCGUCUCAUUUCAGAGCUGUCCACGCCGUUUGUGAACCAAAGGUGGUUCUACGAGGUGUUGAAGUACCCCCGCUCACACCGGCUGGUGGUGCUGAACGGCGUCGCCAUGGCGGUGGUGUUCUUCGUCGUCCGCAUCGCCGUCAUGCCGUCCUACUGGGCGAGCGUCUUCGCCACAUUCGGCACGCCCGAGUUCGAGCGGCUGGGCCUGGGAGCACAGGUGGCCUGGAUCACGUCGUGCAUCGCCCUGGACGUCCUCAACACCAUCUGGAUGUACAAGAUCGCCCGCGGCUGCUACAAAGUCCUGACGGGGAGAGGCGGGCGGAAGGUCAAGGCCGACGUGGACGAGAAGCACGCGAACAACCACACGGACUAACGUUGGGACAAAGAACCCUCGACCGCAUGAUGGACGCGGGGAGUGGAGGCGUUCCCAACCCGUCUGCCCCUCGGUCUCGGAGUCCUCAGGUUUCCGAUGAGGAGAGCACUCUUUGACUCACGCAAGCACCAGCGAUCCCAACCUCACUGGGGUUUUUUUUGUUGUUUUUUUUUGUCUCUCCUUUCUCCCCCAGUGAGCGUGAUUACUCUACUGCUGGGAGGUAGCUUUCUUCGGUUGCAGACAACAAAUUAGAGUUCACAAGCACACUUUUAGCACCAUCUGUCACUGCUGUCUCUCGCCGUUUCAUCCCCAGCCUCCUUCAGCGCUCAACUUCAGCCAAAGCCUAAUCCUCUGAAGUGCCUGUGGAAAAACAGGAAAGCAAUAAUAGUGGAGGUAUAACAAAGUUGAGGUUUCUUCCCCCCCGCACCCUUUCCCCCAUCCCAUCAUCACCACCUCCAUCCCUCCCUUCAAUGAACAACUGGGAGCUCAUUUCCCGUCCACGGCGGAAGAGAUGUGGUCAACCUACAGGGCUCUUGUCUUAAAUCCAUCAAACCUCAGAACAAGAGACAGAAAAAAAACACCAGGAUGCCUCUCCCAGUUUUUACCUGCUGUGGCCUCCUUAUAAUAAGUAGCGCCUCUCUGCGUCACCAGCCAUGCUUCUCCAUCCAAAUCUCAUCUAAGAACUCGACACCCUCCAAGAUGUUUAUUUUGUUUUGUUUAGUUUUUUGCUGCUACGCCAGUAUCAUUAGCUGUGACAGUACAACAUCCAUUACAACCCUCUGCCUCAGCUGGAAUGUUUUUGUUCUACCUCUCCCCCCUGCCUUACAGACUUUGUAAAUAAUCAUUAUUUACUCAGAAGCGUAGUUUUGUUUGUUUUUUUUUUUGUUUUUUGUUUUAACUAAGGAGAGAGUUUAUCCGUGAAGAUCGUGACAUCGGAAUCUCCGAGGGACUUCCCAUGUCUUCCGGUUUCGGAGGUCAUCGCGGUCCAUCCACCAAAACGCGGCGCCAUCGCUCCGUGUUCUCAGAACGAAUCGUCAGUGCCUCGCAAAAGUUUUCAGACCCCCAUUUUUAACUUCCUUUUGUCGCGCUUCAACUACAAACCUCAAUGUCUUUAAUUGGGAUUUUAUGUGCUAGAUCGACGCAAAAAAAAACUUGUAAAAAUUCAGUCGGAUGGGGAAAAUAAAAUUAGGAAUUUCACAUUUUCUCACGUAUGAACACCUAAAAAGUGUGACGUGCGUGUCAUGUCAUGGCAGUUCCAACUGCAAGUCUUUGUGGGUUACUUCUACAUUGAAAAUACUCUUAUAAAUCUAUUCCAGAUCUCUAAUGGGAUUUUAUCCAAGCCAUUCAGACACAUUUGUUUCCCCUCCAACAAUAUUUAAUUUAAGUAUCUUUGAAUUGACGGAAUUCGCUGCCAGUUCCCAAGAAUUUAUUUAAGCUAAUCUGAACACAAAGCACUUCAUAUCAUCUCUCCACAUUUAUGAGCCACUAUGUCUUGGUCUAUCAUUAAAUAAAGUCAUUCUGUAGUUGCGAGAGUCUUUAGGAAGAGGGGCGUGAACACUUUUGCGAGGCAUUGCAGGCUAAUCCUGAGAUCCGGUACCUACCUGAAAGCAUCGCUGAUUAUUUGACAGGAUGUCAGCAGUAGAGUUGCUUGAAAUCUCUCUCUCUAUUUUGUUUUUUCCCCCCAUCUCGCUCUUUGUUCAUGACUCGGAUUGAUUUGGAAACGCCGUGCUGCUGGAAGCGGCCCGGCAGCCUGCAUGCCCAGUUUUUCCCGUAUAAACUGUAGAUCUUCAUUGUAGAGCAUGGUAAGACUGACAUAUUUCUGUGAUGCCUUAGUGAACUGUCAAGGUAGAGGAACACCAUCUAAUUAUUGAUUGCAUUAAUCUAAUUGUGGGCUGGGCGGGAGCGGGGUAGGGGAAGGGGUUGUCUUCCAAAAUGUGCCCCCUCCCCACCCUUCUCCACCUCCUUCAACACAGAGCAUAGUCAAAGCAUGAACCUCUUGUACUUUUGAUGAUUUCUCCUCGCUGUGCAUGUUACAGUAUUUACACGUUCAGCAUCUAUGCAGGUGCCUUCUGCAUAGCGGUAAACUCUCUUAAUUGUUAACACAUCUUCUAUAUGCCAGUUGCCAGUACUUGUAUUUUGUUUUAUUCUAUUUUUUUUUUUGCAGAUACAGAGAGAUUUCUUUGUAAGAGGUUUGCUAAUAACCACAACCUGGCAGACAGAAACAUGGGAUCUCUCCGAUUUAGUUUCACAAGAAGAAGACAGGGAUCGACACCAUCGCUCUUGGUCCCAGCCAAGGUUUCCUGUAUAAGCACAAACAUUAACCAGAUGUACCCCGGAAGCAGAACGACUGAAUGUUUCUAACUUGCAUUACUGUGGUAGAGCAGUUCAUGAAGUGAACACUGGAGGGAGCAGCGAGAUUGUCAAAUCAAGCUUGAAUGAGAUGAGAUCUGUUACUCCAGUUGUUCUCAAGUCUUUUAUAGUAAGUUCCAUCUCAUUAUGUGAACUUAGACUUUUUUUUUUUAUGUUUCUUCUUAUGUUUAAAAAAAACCCCAAAAAAAAUGAAGUCAGAAUUAAGAGAGUAACGUCAAAAUCCAAUAUGGUUCCCUUCCAUGUAAAACUUAGGGAUGGUUGAAGUAAAAGAAAAGAUAUUUAUUAGAACUUUUAAGUUUUUGUAUGUUGUUAAGUUAGUCUGUCUCUCACACACACACACACACACACACACACAGGUAGUUGUAUACAAGCGCCUCUUGUGAGGACAUUGUUUGAAAGUUCAAAAUACAGAGAAAUGUAGUACAAGACGCACAACGUGAUUGUUUUACUUUUUCUUCUCAACAGUUUCUGAUUUUUCAACUCACAUUUUUGGUCAAUUAAAAAUGUACCUGUCCUAACAAUAGAAUUAAUGUUCAUAGCAAGAUACUACAUUUUCUUCAAAAUAAAUCCAAAAUUAAAAAUAAAAAACUGGAAUAUUCUCCAGGUUAUGGCAGAAUAUAUAGCUCACAACAUUUUCUUUUAUUUGCUUUUCUUUCUUCUAUUUUUUUUUGUAGUUUUUGCACAGCUGAAAAUGUACACCACUACCAGCUAUUCAUGUUAGAACUAGAGGCUCCGUGUAGUUCUAACAUCUGGAGCUUGGGUGAGCUCCGUGUGUUUGGGUGAGCAGUCGCAGUGACACAGCUCCACAGCUAAAUGGGAUUUUCAUUAUUUAAAAACUAACAAAUGAUAACAGGGUCCCAGGGUUAAACUGUCUUUAGCAUCUUGUAUUCACAGUAGCACUAAGCAUAAACAGCAGACCUCUACCUUAACUGUGAGAUUUCCCAAAAAUGGCCGACGUUUUUUUUUUUUGUUUUAGUCCAACAUGAUCGAUGCAACUGACUAUUUAAAAGAAUAAAAAGCACUUUCUGCUGUAAUGCGUACAGCUUCCAGUAUCCUGCAGACGUCCGACUCAGUCAACAGCCAGCCCCAAUAAAAAAAUUGUUUCCCUUCUUGUGUGUUUAAAAGAGAAAACAUUUCUCUCACCAGCUUCUUUGGAUCUCUGAUUGUUAUUAGCUUGUAAAGCUGAUGGCAUUUAGAACGGUCGCCAUGAAUCAUCAACGCGUUAACACUUUGGCACCAGGGCACAGUUGAGUCGAGUUUGAUAUUAUUUCCAGAUCCGAGAGGCAGCGACAUGUAGCCAGCAGCUCUUGCUUCAGGCUCACUACUGGGUUUUCUUUUUGUGUUUUUUUUUUUUUUUUCUACACUUCAUUUCAUUUCCGUUCCUUCAACUCCACUUUGCAAAUAGUGAUACCGAACUCUGCUCUGGGUAAAAGGCAACCCGGGUAGCGGUUGAGCAUUAGGCUCACAUUUUCGUUGGUCAUUUUCAAAUCUAGCUCGACUUUAUUUGCUGUUUAUUGACUCUAAAAGAAGAAUUGAUAUAACCUGUUCGGUUGAUUCAAACGUUCACAUCACUACUCGACUCCACAUAUUGUAAAAGUCGCCUGGAUGUAUGGGUCGUUUUGGCCGUCAGGGACGGUCUAGUUGUAUUUUUCACUGUGGAAAUCUAAAGCACACUCCCUAUCUCUGGGAUGUCCCUUAUUUCUGUCUGCCACUUACAGAGGAGGGGCUACAGUCUCUUGUGCCUUUUUUUACACAAACAGUGGAUGUUACAGUCAGAUUCGGAUAAGCAUGAUUAUGUCCUGGCAUACAUGCCGUGUGUAUAUUUUUCUAAACCCGCCUGCACAACGAUUAUCUGGUCGAGUAUCCUAACCCAAAGCUGAUCCCUAAUGGGGAGCCCCCGUUUUUUGUUUUUUUUUUGUGACGGUUUAUCGGCGGGGCAUACCAAUGUGAAUUCUGGGAUGUGUUAUUUAAUGGCAUUAGGGCGACUUUAAGACAAUAAUGGCAAUCAGAAUAUUCCGGCGUGUAGGGAUUUUACUGAACAAUUUUCGUCUCAUUUCUUUGGCCUGUUAAGGAAAAAAAAAUCUAAGAAAAAUCAUAGAUUUCCUGAGAGUGGCUGAGCUGAGAUGAAUCAUCCGAUAGUAUUUCUGGGUCUCCUUUAGUUUAGACAGAGGCUGCUCUUUGACCCAGCACUCAUCGCACAACGUGAGAAGCAAACCACCUAGUCAUCUGCAUACAGGAGGACUUUGACAAUUGAUGAAAGUGGGAUUUUAGUUUGGCCUCUCACCCAGGGCUUUGUACAAAAAAAAAAACCUGAAUGUGACAGUGAAUUAAUGUGGAGUCUGACUAUGAUUUGUAAUCAGCACCGUCAGGUUGGAACAACCUCGAUGGCCUCGGAUCAGAUAGGAGACAGCUGCUCGUUGACGAAUGAAUUACAGUAUUUAAACCCAAACGUAUAACUGAAAAUGUAUAUGAAUCAUGUAAAACCUUGAACUGAUCAAAAUGAUUGACCUCUGCGGUGCAACUUAUAACGAAGUUAUUACUUUGAAGCGACUAUUAAGUUUUGUUUUCUUUUCAUUCUCUGAUGUCAAAUGUGGUGAUCUGUACACAAUGAAAGCUAAUUAAUUGAACAUCUCAAGGAUGGCAGCGUUUGUUCGAUAGUGGAAACUGAAUGUAAAAAGUAAUAAUAAUAAUCAAAUGUCUUGCCUGGAUUUUUUUUUCUUUUCUUUUCCAGUGAAUAACCUUGUCAGUGUGGCUUUCCUUCCUCUUCGUUUCAUCUUUUAAUGCGAUGCAAUCGGUACGACCUUCUUACUUUUCUCGAUUUUAAUGUGAAACGGCCUACACUACGAAAAGGCCCACCGGGUCACUGAGUUCUACCACAUGACUCAGACUUUUGUUCUCUACAAUGACCACUACUAAUUAUCUUGUAAUUGUAGUGAUAAAACGCUGAGAAUUACUUGAAAGUGUUGUUCUUCAAUAAAGAUGAACACGAAAAGUUGA